CCGCACUAUGAGCUCCUCCAGCUCCUCUUCCUCCUCUCCUGAGCCACCGAGUCUCCGAGAUAUCUCAAAGAAGUCGAACAAAAAGCAGAAGAUCUCGAAGGAGGCCCAGGCAGCCUCAACGGCUGACCAGCAUGGCAAGAACGAGGGCAAAAACCCUAACUGGGACUAUCAGCAGCCAGACGGGUACAAGGCCAUGAGCCUGAAGGUAGACAACAGCACUUUCGACUGGGACGCUAUUAAGAACGACGACAAUUUGGAGCUUUGGGUGGUGCGGGUACCAGAAGGGCUGAAGCCCAAAUACCUCCAGGAAGCCAAGCUCGAGCUAUCAUCUUCAUCAAAAACUGCGCGAGUAGGCUCUAUCGACCGCAAGAGCACAACGUUCGACGUCUGGAAUCUGGGAGAGGACGAUGCGGACACAAUUGGCGGCGAGGAGCUGCGCGGGAUCUCCGCGCUCGUGCCGAGGAGCAAGCAUGGAGGCAAGCUCUUCCAAGCACCCAAACCCAUCGCCCGCCGCCUAGUCGUGUCGGCGCGCCCUACCCUCCCCACGCCCCAGUCGUCUCCCGAAGGCUCCCCCGUCUUGCACCAAAAUCCUCCGCGACCUAGACACCCCACGGAGCUCCUCACGCAUCGGUUCAUGCCACUAGGCUCGCUCGCACCUAUAGAUGGCGAAACAGAAGCGGCUAUGGACGUAGACGUACCUGCGCCCACACAAUCAAAGUCGCGCAAGGAAAGCACGCAAACGGGUGGAGAGGAUGGGGAGGCGCCGCGGAAGAAGCGGAAGAGCGGUAUGGAGUCUCCGAAAAAGUCGAAGAAGACCAAGGCUGUUUCAUAGCAUUCUUGUCUUACCACAUACGCCUUACUGGCGUCAUCGGCUGCAAUUCAUCCAUCG